GCUUCCUUUCAUACCAUCCCGCCAUUGCAUCUCCCUCUCGCUUCCAUCCUUCUGAUUCGCUUGUGGGAUCCCCUGCCUAGCCUUAUCUUCAUGUUCCUGCACAACCCGGUCUGAUCCAUCCAUUCAUCCCUUUCAGCCUACGAUAAGCAACUCAGCCCUGCACUUCCAGGACCUUCCAUCCUACCAACGCACAGCAGCUCUCUCCUUUGAACACCCUCCAGUACCUUGACACCACGUUUCACUCUGCUGCAUACAUCCCUCUAUGACCGACCAUGGCAUCUCCUCCUCGCCUAGGCCGCCAUCCCCGAGCGUGGUGGCCUCAUCUCCCAAACAUAGCUCCCUCCCCAAGAACGUUGUCGUUGGCGUAAGCCAGCUUCGGUCGCCAUCCCCUUCACCAAGCGCACCCCCGCCCCAAGCCUGGGGAGGAUCUAAUAGCAAGAACCGAGAAUUGAACAGCGACCCCCGCUACAAGAAAUAUAUCCAGCUUGUGGAGAGAAACUUGCAGUCGUUCGACAGUGUGAACGAAUGGGCGGAUGUAAAUCCGUUCUUGCUGAAGAUCAUGCGGUCCUUCCAAGCAUAUCCACAGUACACUGUCAUUCCUCGAAGCCUUACUGUGGCAAAGCGGUUGGCGCAGUGCUUGAAUCCAGCACUACCGGCAGGCGUUCAUGGGAAAACACUGGAGGUCUAUGCCUACAUUCUCGAGACAAUUGGCCCCGAUCAAUUAGCGGAGGACAUCACACUUUGGUCCUACGGCUUAUUUCCCUUCCUUCAAUACGCAGCUUUAUCCGUUAAGCCCCAAUUGCUCGACAUAUAUGAAAAGUAUUAUUUGCCGCUGAAAGAUCGACUCAAGCCCUGUUUGAAGAGCUUUAUGAUCGGAUUGCUUCCAGGAUUGGACGAGGAAGGCAGCGAGUUCUUUGACAGAGUCCUUAACAUCAUGGAUAAUCUGCGCAAAGCUGUGGAUGAGACGUUUUUCUUCCAAUGCAUGUGGUUGAUUUUGAUCACAUCUUCGCCACACCGUGGUCCCGCCCUCCAUUAUCUGGGCAGAAGAAUGCCUCUCCUCACUAACACGGAAGAUGUCGCAUUUGUGCUGGGCGAUGAUGCUGGACUCAUGGUUAGAGCUUUCUCAGCGACUGUGGGGGACUCUCAGCUUCUUGUCCAGCGUGCUAUGCUGGACCUCCUAGUGGUCCACUUCCCUAUCAGUAACGGGCUGAUAGAGGACAACGAUCUCAAAGUCCUUGUCAAGGCAGCGGUCGGUGUGGUGCUGCGCAAGGAUAUGUCAUUGAAUCGGAGACUAUAUGCGUGGCUACUAGGGGCACAGGAAGGAAAGAGAAAGGUGUUCGAUGGGCCGGCCAAGACUGCUCUGAUUGUUGGACUUCAGAGCAUAUUACUAUCGGACAGCGAAGAUUUGCAAGAGAGCCAGAAGCCCUAUCGCGUGUUCGUAUCACUUUUGGACGAGUGGGAUAUUGGAUAUCCAGUGAUUCAGGCGGUCUUCUUGGAUGCGCUACUUUCACUGAAGCGACACGUCGAUUCGGGAAACCAUGGAGCCGAGCUCAUUCAAACAGCGACUAUGUGGAUCGACAUGACCGAUCCGUAUCUUAUCUGGAAGAAGCUGUCAGAGGCAAUCUAUGAUAACUUUCCUGCAGAGCCUGGCAAGGAGACGUACGCCCUAGAUCUGGUGAUAUUCUUCCUGAACUCCUUCAAGUUGAACGACGAUGAGAUGCAGCACAUGCAUAUUCCUAUGUUCUUACUCUUCCUUUUAACAAGGAUCCAGGACAUUAUUGCGCAGGAAAAGCUACUCUUGUACGCGAGUCAGGUCAACAGUGCGCUCCAGCUGUGCUUGAUGCUUUUCCGACAUAUACCCGCAUCUGUCUUUGCACCGCUGACACCACAGGUGUUGCAGGCUGCUCAGCCAACACGCGCUCCUAAGUCAAAGCCAUCUACGCCCACGCCCGCAGCAGCACAGAGCAAAGCUGAGAAUGGAGGUAAUCAACAAGGGACAUCCAAGAUUGUAUCAUUUGAGCCAGGAAUGAGCGCCAAGGACUACAUCGAGGAAUUUUACAUGCUUCUCCCUCAAGAGUCGGAUGGUUCAGACGUUUCCACCUCCAAGGAAUACGCGGGAAUCAAGGGUCAGACGUUGACACAGCAGGCGCUCUCGUUUAUUCAAAGCUUUAUCUGCAACGCUUUGGAUGUGUGUAUGAAUGAUAUUACAAAGACACAUACACAGAUAUUGAGGGCAAUGAUCCAAAAGGCCUGUAAAAUCGUGUUGAUUCUCUCCAAGUACCAGGUACCCCCAGCGACUCCCGAGGAUUACUUUUCUGGACUGUGGCUGGAAAAAAUGCGUACAGCCUGCUGCAAGGUGGACGACUUUGCGAUUGUGGAUGCAUUGGUGACAACAAUGGUAGAGCUGACUAUCGAGCUCAAGGUGAUCCAUCCUUCUUUUUUGGAUAACCGAGAACACAUGAGGCCGAUCGUGGACAGGAUCUGGACGUUCUUUGCAGAGGACUAUAUGCACCUGCACCUCCGGGCGUCUCAGCUCAUUUGGAUGCUGCAGGAUGUUACAUCGAUGAGUCACGAAGUGGAGACGGCUAUUGCAUCAUAUCUGGUUUCGGAGAAUACCAAGCUCCGGAUCGAUGCAUUUCAAAAGUUUGGCGUCUUCUGGCGACUGUCAGACGACAUCCAGUACAAUUCUGUCGCGUUUGUGCGACCCAUGAUGCUGAUGCUGGACUCACUGAGCAGUACCAAUCCAUCGAACAGGAGGGCAGGAGAGACCUGGAUCCGGAGCAACCUUAAGUCAUACCCUAGGCUUCUAGAUCCACUCUUGCUUGUCCUUUACGACCAAACCAUUGUGAGAAACAAGUCGGAGGAAACAUUCCAUAACGAAUAUUUCCCAGUUCACUACUACAUUCGAAACUUCAACCAAGCACAGGUCCAGUACGUCUUCAACACGUUACUCACCGUCUUCCGGUUCGGAGGGCUCGGAUUCUUGCGGUCGAUACGGCAGUCCACCAUCCCACUCGAAUUAAUUCCAUCCGUGGCCAAUGUUGUUGAAAUCUCUGAUCCCAAGCUUCCACCUACCUACUUGGAUUGCUUUGUACGAUCAGCACUAAGGUUCAUCGAGAGCGAGCCUGCGAGCGAUUACAAGUCGAUGUUGAGCUUGAACGAGGAAAUCCAUAUGGUGACGGCAGACUUUUUGCACUUCAUUGUCUCCAAGAUCGAUCAUAUUGAACCCAGUCUCCUGACUAUGAUCCACAGGACCGUCAUCAACAAGAUGCUCUACUGCAUCAACCACAGCUGCCUUGAUCUGCAGAGUCGCCUUCUUCACCUUCUUCACGCGACCAUUCUCAUGGGCACUACCCCUGUAAAGAAGGCCAGCCCCCCAAUCCACUCAUCUCAAAAUGCACCCAUGACUCGGGAUGGCUCAGUAUCCACACUGGACGGCGCAGCCGGCGGUAACCAGGUCGCUGUAGACACGAAUGAGAGCCUGUUUCGUGUUAUUGGCUCAUCGCCGCUAUUCGUUAAGACCGUCUUUGACGCGCUCUCCGUCCCCUCAAACCGACCGAUAUUGCAGCACUGGAUGGACUUUUUGAUGUUAGCGCUCCCAUUCUUGACCAACUACUUCCGGCGAGUCCUGCUCCCGGUGAUACAGUGUCUCUGCGAUCAGAUUUUACGGAGUCGAGCCUGCCUAGUCGAGGCAUACUCGGAGCAGCAACGAAGUCUCAAUGGGACCGGAUCGCCUAAUUUGACGGACCAGGAUCUGAUGAUAUUUUUGACAGGAUUGGAGAGGCUAUUGACAUUUAGCUUGGCAGACGCACGUCUCGGAGAAGAAAUCGAUUCUGUUCACAAGCAGGAGUGGAGCGACGGUCUGAGAGGAAAGCCUGGUCUUAUCGCCAAUGUGCUCAGCAUUGAAGUUCACCCUAGCGAUUCUUUCCAGGAGAACAAGGCCAGGGACACAGUUUUGUACAAUAUUGUGGGAAUCAUCCAGAUUUUCGUCGAGCUUUGGUCGGUUUUCGAUCGAAAAAACUUGCCUAGCGUUUCGGAUACCGAGGAUGUGUCUCUUCAAUUUGUCGGCGAGCGUGUUCGGGCAAGGCUGAAGCGCAUCUUGGCAGGGCUAUACAAAUCCUAUCCCUCUGAGGUCACGGAGGCAUUUGUGGAGCUAUUUUUGACAGAAAACCCAAGCGUCUUGGAUUUGGAGAGUCCAAAAUUCGACCCAGACUAUAGGACUCUCGACAUCCUAAGCGUAAUCCCGGGGGCAUCUCCGUUGGCGAUAUUUUUGACAUUGAUGGAGAGCAUUCGUUCAAGAACACAGGGCAUGGCGACCACGCGAUCCAAACGACCAAAUCUGCGCAUCAGUAAAGCUACCGAUAUUGUGCUGCUGCGCUUCCUUGAGAUCUACUGUACAUACCUGCCGUCGGUGGACUCUCUUGUCGACCUUUGGCCGCUGUGUUUGAAUUUCGUACGCGAGUACUUCCCACAGGCAACGACAUACAAAUACGCAUUCCCAUCAUUGCUUCGAAUCAUGACAGUGUUAUGCGACCGUCUCUCGCAUACAACCUACUUUGACGACAAGAAGAUCCGACGGGAUGCCUCGGAACUCUACCUGCGCGUCUUGGACUACUGCAUCCUGACCGCAGGCCGUUCAUUUGACCAGGGCAUCUGGCUCCGCAACCGGAAUCCACAGGACUUUGAGAUUCUAGAGGAGAGUGACGAUUCGAGGGAGUCCACGAGACCUCCAUCGUCAAAUCAGUCGGAGGCGGAGCAGGCUAGGCGCGCAGGAAAGACGAAGGAGGACGUGCUGAUUCAGCAAAUCCUUGUCAGUCUGUGCCAGAUAGUGAUCCCCAAUUUGCGUAGGAUCGUGCAGGAGCAGGACCGCAUCACGUCGGUGAUUACAAGCUUGAUGUACUAUGUGAUAGCUCCGUCGCUGAAAUCGCGCGUGGAGAUCAAUGACUCUUCCGUCGACCUAUUAUGUGAGGUAUCCAAAAUCCCUUUUGUAUAUCGAACUUGGCGCAAGGAAGUGUGGGAGGUGUUUUUGGAUAAUCGGUUUUUCGCUAUGGGACCUGCCGCGGCCAGGAAGUGGCGUGUUUUGAUUCAAACAGCAAUGACUUCUGAAAAAGAGCGAUUGCCUGAGCUGCUUGGUCGGAUAUCGCCUUCGCCUACCAGCGCGCUGUUUACGAGCCGCGAUCAAGAGUCACUGAACAGAGCCCUCAUGUUGCGUCGAUUGUCGUUUGUGAUCUGGUGCGGUAGCGUUGACCAGUAUCUCCCCCAGCUGCCUAACGUCCAAGAGAAACUUGUGGAACUGCUAAAGCUCAGCUCUACGGAGCAGGUGCAUCCUGAGAUAUACUUAUGUCUUCGGGUGCUUUUGUGCCGAAUCUCGAAUCAACAUUUGAACAACUUUUGGCCGGUGCUGCUUACUGAGCUUAUCCAACUGUUCAAUUUGUUCCUGGCGGACGAAAAUGAUCGACCAGAACAGGUUAACCUAUUCUUGUCAGCAUGCAAGUUCCUGGACCUGCUUUUCGUUCUCCAAGAUGGCCAAUACUUUAUCCACCAAUGGAUAUUUAUUUCAGAUGCGAUCCGUAAGACAGUGAUGAACUCGCCCAUGGGCGAAGCCAUGCCUCAUGCGCUAAUGGAUCGACUAGGCAAAAAGUUAUUUGAGGAGGCACCUCUGAACGGCUAUGCAGGCGUUAACGCCACAGCCAUUGCCACUCCUGGCUCCAUUCAUGCGCCAGGUGUAUCACCAGCCCCGACCAUUGCUAGUGAACAGUAUCGCCCUCAGCAAACAUCAGCGCUUUCGGACGACGAUCGAUGGUUGACAGAGAAUGAUAUUCUUGAGCAAAUGUCAUUUGGAUCAACCCGAAACCUCCUCACCACAGGAUCGACCCAGUCGCUGCCGCUUUCAACGACGUCGACAAGUGCGACUACCAUGACAAGUCAGAUGGAUGAACGACGGAAGUCGUCACCUGAGCAGCAACUGCAGCAACAACAGCAGCCGAGGACUUCAGAAAGAGCGCUCAAGAGACCUAUGCUGACGAUGCGUUCGAUUCAGCAUGUACGUGAGCUCGAGUUCUUCAUGACACAUGUUGCUCAGUACGUGUAUCAUACGACCUACACCCUUGCGAAGCCGGACAAGCAGUUUAUAGAGGCGUUGAUCGAACGCGAUAUGCUCGGAGGAAACGGCGUGGAAGAGUAGUAUGUUUACAAUAAACAUGUUUUGUUAAAAACAAAACA